UAAGGAUCACUCGAGCUGUGUUUUUUGUUGAUUUGUACGAGAACUCACGGCAAAUUGUGGCCGGAAUUUUAUCGUUAGUUUGUGCAAAUACUGUAUGUUCGUUGUAAACCCAAGUGAAAUCAAAACAGUCUUAUUCCAGUGAGAUACUAACUUAAAGUUGCCUUCUUUCAUCUCUGAAUCUGUUUUCUUCAAUCAUUUCUUCACCUUUUCCUCCCUCCCUCCCUCUUUUCUCAGCUAUGAUUCUCUCCCUGGCUGCCAUAGCAGCUGUGAGUAGCGGCAGCGAUAUCAGCUUCAACUCUUCCUUCCCCCUUGAUUCCUUCGACUCCUCCACCUCCUGGAGCGAGGACCCUUCGAACUCCUCCUCCGAGCCUGUUGUACGGACUUUAACUCCUGACCUCCAGCCGGCGACCACGGCCGUGGCCGUCCAGGAGGUCAGCCCCUGGGAUAUUGCUCUGUGUGUGACUGGGACGCUCAUCUCCUGCGAGAACGCUCUGGUGAUUGCCGUGCUGUUCUACACGCCAGCCCUCCGCGCUCCCAUGUUCGUCUUGAUCGGUUCGCUGGCCGUGGCGGACCUCCUGGCUGGGCUGGGUCUCAUCUUGAACUUUGUCUUCACCUAUUUGAUCGACAACUCGGUGGAGUUUGUGACGCUGCUUUCGGUCGGACUGCUCAUCUCGGCCUUCUCGGCAUCUGUCCUCAACAUCCUCGCCAUCACAGUCGACCGGUACCUGUCACUGUACAACGCCCUGACCUACCACACCGAGCGGACAGUUACCUUCACCUACAUGAUGGUGGUCCUCAUCUGGGUGUCGUCCGUCACGCUCGGCUUGCUGCCGGCGUUGGGAUGGAACUGCCUGCGGGACGAGGCCAGGUGCAGCAUCUGCAGGCCCGUCACCAAAAACAACGCCGUGGCGCUCGCCGUUGCCUUCCUCCUGGUCUUCGCCCUCAUGAUGCAGCUCUAUCUUCAAAUCUGCAAGAUCGCAUUCCGCCACGCACAGCAGAUCGCCGUGCAGCACCAGUUCUUGGCCAUCUCUACGACCAAAGGGGUCUCCACGCUGUCGGCCAUCCUGUGCACCUUCGGGGUGUGCUGGCUGCCGUUCGCCAUGUACUCCAUCGUGGCCGACUCCAGCUACCCCGUGAUAUACACCUACGCCACGGUCCUCCCAGCCACCUGCUGCUCUGUGAUCAACCCCGUCAUCUAUGCUUUCCGAAACCCAGACAUCCAAAAGUCGCUGUGGAUGGCUUGCUGCGGCUGCGUCCCAUCCAGCCUCUCUGUAAGACCCAGGACCUCCAGUGACGUGUAGCAGCGACGAACGGCAAAGGAACGACGCUUGACGCGGAGGGAACAAGACAGGAAGUGGCUAGGAGGAAUGUAGAGGGUUCCUGCUCUCGUAUCAAGGCUGCUGCUGCUGAACUCUGAGCUGGCCAUAGUGGAACAGGCACUAACAGAUGAACAGCGCACGGUCAAAGAAGAACCUCGAGACAAGUUUCUGAGCGAAGGAGGCGACGCGAAACCAACUGCAAAAGCAUGGUUCAAGGUAUUUCCAAAGCGGUAGAGUGGUGUUUCAGACAACUUGUCAAACUCCCCCGCCUUUGAUGUGUGAAAGGAGUGGGGCCUGCCUUUUCAAAGAGUAGCAUAUUUGUAGAAAGAAAAAGUGUACAAAAUCUCCAGAGGAUGCUCUGGAUGGUUAUGCAAUCAGAAGUUGUAAAACGGUCUUAAAAUACUUUGUGUCUUCUUUGAUGUCUUUGAAAUAAAACACAAUGAGCUAAAUUUA